AUGAAGAACCCCAGUUGAGUGACCCUGCACCUGGCAGGCGCUGAGCUUUUGGGGGGCAGUUGCCUGAUUAGCACUGUGAAAUGUGGGUUAAUAUUUUAGGAAUCCACUCCUCUUUUUCCCCUCUGCAGCCAACUCAAGAUGACGACAGCCACGCCACUGAACAAUAACACCCAGCUCUCAGUGAAUGUGACCACAAAAUCUCAAGAACAAAUUCUCUAUCAAAGUUCUGGAGCAAUAAUUGCUGCCAUUGUGGUGGGGGUGAUUAUUAUUUUCACAGUGGUUCUGCUCAUCCUGAAAACAUACAACAGGCGCAUGCGAGUGCGGCGGGAGCUGGAACCCAAAGGCUCCAAGCUGGCAGUGCCACCUCCUGUGGGACACAACCACAGCCUGGCCCAGCAGCCCUCGGUGACCUUCAUCCCUGUGGACAUCCACCUGCAGAGCAGGUAA